AAAUAAUAAUAUUCAUAUAUUCAUACGCAUCUCUUAGGCUUUAUUAUAAAUAUGUCAAUGUUAGCCAUACCAAUUUAAUUUCGGUCUACGCUAUAUUUCUUUCUCAUCGCAAAAUAUUCACCACCCUCCCCGACCAUUCCCCACCCUUCCCCUGUUUCCCUCGGCUUUUGGAUUUAUAUUUGUCAUGCGGUCACUUUCUUUAAUGAUUCAAAAGUUUAUUUUCACAUUGGUGGACCAUGGGUAAGUGACCAAAAUUUAUCUUACUUCAUAUUUAUGUCCAGACACACACGUAUAUUUGUGCCUUUUAUGGCAUUUUUUGUUGAUACUCUUACCCAAUAUGUGAGGUUCUUUUCCGUAUAUAGUAUCUGAUGUCGUUACUCUCAUUUUGUGAAGUAUGUGUCUUUGGCCAUCUGCUGACUCAAGCGAAAAUGGUGAUCCCAACCCUGAUUUCUAUAGACUUCUCUUCCUUACAUUGGAUCCCGUGGCCAGACGAGUUGCAAUUCUCGGCCCCUUUUAUCAUGCAUUUCAUCAUGAACUGGGUGAUUUCAUGAUGUUUAAGGACAAUCAUGGAAAUGAGUUUCGCAUUAUGUUAGACAAGGUUGGUAACAAUGCAUUUUUUUCUAAAGGAUUCUCUUCUAUGGUUGCCGCCUAUAAUAUCAGGCAUGGGGCUUGGUUGCACGCCUACUACCAAGGUGAUGGCACUCUAUGCAUCUCUAUAAGGAACCUUGAUAGAUCCCGUAUUGUUUAUCCAAGACCACAUACUCGAAGCAACUCCACUGGUCUAACACUGAUUAGCAUGGAUCCAUGUCGUCCAGGCGCCCUUUCUUGUGAUGUGUUUCGGAUGGGCGACGUGAUACCUCCAUUUGCCAUCGAAUAUACUCCUCCCCCCUCUCCUGUACGUAGCAACACCAAUGGCAGUCCAGAAUACCGAACCAACAUCCUUGGUUGUCCUAUAUAUUUUGCUUCCACCGCUUCCCAUGCAAGUCUGGUUAGCCAAGUCGACAUCGGUUCGCCAUGGCGAGCACAAAGUCCACCAGUUGCACAAGAUAACGGCCGCAUUUAUUUAUCUUAUCCAAUAGGGUCGUAUUUGUCUGUAUCCCACAAAGCAGGUGUUUUUUUCUGGGGUUAACUAAGCAUUAUAAGUUGCUGAUAAUAUGUUUAGAUGCAGAUCCUAGCAGCUUCUCCGAGUGAUUCGUCGCUAAAGUUGUUUUGAAUCUUGCUUUGCGACCAAUGAUGCUCCCAAGCAUGUAUCAACGUGUCAUUUUCCUGUUCUACUCUUCGUUAUUUCCUGAAUGGUGCUUUGCCAUAUUGUUGGUAAUUUUUUUUUAUUUCAUCCCCAGAUUUGUUAUCAACGGCGCUUCAACUCUUUAUAGUUUCCCAGACCGGGAUGGUUAAUUAUGCUGUAUGCCGCAAAUAGCCAUCAUUUCCAUCUAUGUAUCUAAAUGCAUUAGUGUUGUAAUGAAGUUAUCUAU